AUGGAGGACCCAGAUGACUUAUAUAUGGAAUUGAUUCCUGGAGUUAAAGAACCCCUGCAGAAGAACAACACUGCUGCAGCAGCUGCAAAGAUUGAAGAAAAUAUAAAACAACAAAAUAAUAUUCCACUAAAUAUCGCCAUCACAGGAGAGUCUGGGGCUGGUAAAUCCACCUUUGUUAAUGCCUUCAGAGGACUAUGUGAUGAUGAGGAGGGAGCUGCUCCUACUGGUGUUACAGAAACCACCUCAGAGGCCACACCGUACCCCCAUCCAAAGUAUCCCAAUGUUAUCUUGUGGGAUCUUCCUGGAAUCGGCACCACCAAGUUUCCAGCUAAGAAGUACCUGAAGCUUGUUGGAUUUGAGAAGUUUGACUUCUUCAUCAUCAUCUCAACCACUCGCUUCACAGAAAAUGACGUGAAACUGGCUCAGGAGAUUCAGAAGAUGAAGAAAAAGUUCUACUUUGUUCGCUCAAAGGUUGACAACGAUAUACGAGCUGAGAGAAGAAACAGACACUUUAGUGAAGAGAGGACUCUUACAAAGAUCAGAGACGACUGCGUUCAGAGACUCGGAGGAUUAGGCUUCGAGUCUCCGCAGGUGUUCCUGGUGUCCAGCUUUGAGCUCCACCUGUACGACUUCAAUCUCUUACAUCAGACCUUAGACAAAGACCUUCCUAAAAACAAGAGAGAUGCUCUGCUGUUCGUCAUGCCCAACAUCAACCCAGAGAUCAUCAGGAAGAAGAAAGAAGCUUUUAAGCGCCGAUUAUAUUGGUUGACCACUCUGUCUGCAGCUGUAGCAGCUGUUCCACUUCCUGGUCUUUCUAUUGCUGUUGAUGCUGCUGUUCUGGUGUGCCCUACGCUGAUCUGCAGGCUGUCAUCAUUUCACCACUGGCUGCAGUAGAAAUAACUACAGAGCUCCUCCUGAAGGUCAUGACCCAAGUGGAACGCACAGCUACAUUAAUGGCAG